AUGUCUUCGAACCCUUCAAAAGUUACUGUACCGCCUAUUAAUUGCAUAUUCAACUUCUUGCAGCAGCAAACACUAGUGAACUUUUGGCUCUAUGAGCAAGUACAAAUAAGAAUACGAGGCACAAUCAGUGGCUUUGACGAGUUCAUGAACGUUGUUAUUGACGAUGCGCUAGAAAUCCCUAUUGACGCCGACACAGGGUCAGAAGUAUCCGAUAAAGCUGUCAAAUUGGGUAGAAUUUUACUCAAAGGCGACAACAUCACCCUGAUCACACCUGUACUAGAGUAA